UAUAGUGAUAUUAUAUAUUACCGUAUUUUAAACACAUCUGGAGCAAUGAAAAGUUCAGUCAAUGUAUGUGGAAUAAGUGGCUUCGUAAUAACUCUGAUUGGUGCUGGUUUAUUGGGAGCAAGUAUGGGAACAAAUUAUUGGAUUACACCUGAUACUAACUCAAGUCAAGGCCUAUUUCAAAACUGCACAACUAAAUGCUCAAAUAUAGGAUGGACAGUUGAAGAAGCGGGAAAUACUUUGGUGAUCACUCGUUCAAUAUUACUGGCAUCUUGCUUUUUCAUAUUGAUCGGACUGAUAGUUGGUGUGGCAGCAUUUUGUUGCGCCACUGAUAUCCGGAUAGAAGGCAUAAUCAAUAUUAUAGCAGGAAUUUUAAUACUUUCUGGAUGCGGCGCUUUUACGGGAUUAACUUUGGUUAACGACGAUCCUGGCAAUAAUUCGGAUGUAUCGUUCAACUAUUUUGGAUAUUCAUUCUACUUGGGCUGGGCAUCAGGUGCUGUCGUUGUUGUAGCUGGCAGCUUACAAGCAGCUGGGAAAAAGUCAACAAAAAAAGAAAGCAAGUACACUCCUCAGGUAUAUGAGAACGAUAUUGAGUUAGAAUGGCCACGAAAGCCUUCUCUCUAUUUUCCUCCAACAAAUAACGAAGGAUUUCCUGACGGUGAUCAAUAUAAUUGCGGAUACUAAGGAUUAUGCCAAUGUUUCAACCACUACAACAAAAUACAGAUAUAAUGUGGGAAGAAGGAAGAUGACAUUUUUGCAUCGCUUCAUAAAUCUACUGAAUUUUUAGUAGUUUAGAGUAAUUUUGACUUUUGGAGUUUGGUUACACCCUAGCCAAAUACACGCAAAUUAUUAAAUGCAGGAGUAAUUUCAUUCCAUCCAAAUUCAUUUGCUGCGUUUCAAAAACAAGUAUCGUUUUGUGGCGGGAUGGGUAUCUGUAUAUCAGUGUUGGCAAUUUUCAUUUGACUUCUUAGUAUGAAUUUCAACCCUAC